UUGCAGAUUCUGUGCCAGAAUGAUGCAUUUGUGAGCAUAUGCUGUGCCGGCUCCUGUGUCACUGCAGCCUCUGAUGCCAAGUCCUCAUUCCCUCUCCCAGAGCUGCUGUAUGUGCAUCUUUGCUGGGAAGGGCUGCAAAGGUAGUAGGAGAAGUUGCAGAGUAAAAGCCUUGGUCAUCAUUGGCUCUAACUUUUUUUCAUUCUUUUUUUCUCCUUUUCAUUACACAUCACCAGUGUAAAUGGAUGGGCUUCACAGAAGCUGGAAGUACUGAGAGGUUUUGAUCCAGACCCAAGCUACAACCAGUGAUGUCCGAGACCAAACUGGAUGAUUCCCCUUCUUGUAGGAACUGGUCUUCUGUUCCAGAACUGAAUGAUACUCGGGAGCCUUUUUCAAUCCCCUCUGAUUAUGAUGAUGAGGAAUUUCUGCGGUACCUUUGGAGGGAAUAUUUACAUCCCAAAGAAUAUGAAUGGGUCCUGAUUGCAGGGUAUAUUGUUGUAUUCAUUGUGGCUCUCAUUGGAAACAUCCUGGUUUGUAUUGCAGUGUGGAAGAACCAUCAUAUGCGGACAGUUACCAACUACUUCAUUGUAAACCUCUCCCUGGCUGAUGUUCUUGUCACAAUCACUUGUCUUCCAGCCACGUUAAUAGUGGAUAUCACAGAAACUUGGUUCUUUGGGCAGACCCUCUGCAAGGUGAUCCCCUAUUUACAGACUGUGUCAGUCUCUGUGUCUGUACUAACACUUAGCUGCAUCGCUUUGGAUCGCUGGUAUGCAAUUUGUCACCCUUUGAUGUUUAAAAGCACAGCCAAGAGGGCAAGGAAUAGCAUUAUCGUUAUCUGGAUUGUGUCCUGCAUUAUAAUGAUUCCUCAGGCUGUUGUUAUGGAGUGCAGCAGUGUGUUCCCAGGAUUAGCUAACAAAACAAUCUUAUUCACAGUUUGUGAUGAACACUGGGGAGGUGAGGUCUACCCCAAAAUGUACCACAUGUGUUUUUUUCUGGUGACAUACAUGGCACCACUAUGUCUUAUGGUGUUGGCCUAUUUACAAAUAUUUCGAAAACUAUGGUGCCGCCAGAUCCCAGGAACUUCAUCAGUAGUUCAAAGAAAAUGGAAGCCUCUGUCCUCUUUAGCACAGCCCCGGAAACUAGGACAAUCAACCAAGUCAAGGAUUAGUGGGGUAGCAGCUGAAAUAAAACAGAUUCGAGCCAGGAGGAAAACAGCACGUAUGCUAAUGGUGGUUCUCUUAGUUUUUGCACUUUGCUAUCUACCAAUUAGUAUCCUCAAUGUCUUAAAAAGGGUUUUGGGGAUGUUCAACUAUGCUGAUGACAGAGAGACUGUGUAUGCCUGGUUUACAUUCUCGCACUGGUUAGUGUAUGCCAACAGUGCAGUGAACCCUAUCAUUUAUAACUUUCUCAGUGGAAAAUUUAGAGAAGAAUUUAAAGCAGCUUUUUCUUGUUGCUGGCUUCGCAUUCACCAUCACCAGGAUGAACGACUCACCAGGGGCCAUGCAAGCACUGAAAGUCGGAAAUCCUUGACCACCCAGAUCAGCAAUUUUGAUAAUGUUUCAAAACUUUCAGAACAUGUUGUGCUGACCAACAUGAGCACACUCCCAGCAAAUAGUACUGGACCUAUUCACAACUGGUAGUAUACUUGUCUCUGUCUUUUGAUGCCUUUGUAAAUUAAAAUUUGAUCUUACAUCCAACAGUCUUUUAACCAGUGACCGCAGGAUUCCAGGGCAAAGAUUGUAGGACUGUGAACUGGCAGCAAGUAAUAUCAUUUUACAAAAUGUGUUUUAUAAAUUCAUCCACAACUUUCGUUAUAAACUUAGAGUUAUAAUUUCAUAUAAUUUGCUUUGAAGCUGUAUACAUUGUAAUUUCAGGGGAGGGUAAUAUGUUGUUUAAAUAUUUUCAUUGGAUUUCUGCUUGUUUUGAUCUUGCAGUAAAGAGCAAGUAUCUGGAGAUGUAUACAAUAUUUGACUUAAAGUCAGAAUGUGUGUAUGAAAUCAGCCAGUAUUCAGCUUCGUGUUGAUUCUCUGACUGUGCCACGAUAUAGCAGAAAUUUUUUAGAACAGACAUUCUCACCAAACUUAGAUGCAAACCUUUUGCAUUCCCUGAAUGUCAAUGAAAAUUUCAAAAUAUCUUUUCAUAAACAGCUUUGAAUCUGAGCUGUCUUAGUCAUGUGGAGAAGUCAUGUGGUAUUUUCUUCUUUCUCACAUUGUCUGAGACUACCCUAGGUUCUGAGGAGGAGUAGCAAAGCCGUUAUCAUUCAGUUUCUCAGAAAAGGGUGCUUUUAGAUGCCCCCUAAUUCUCUCUCACAAUGGACUCUGCUAUAUAUUGUGUUGUUUGUCUGAUAUCCCAUUGUAUCUUUGCAAGGGAAAUCAGGUGUCUAGCUCUGUGGGAUAAGGUUUAAGGAAGGACUUUUGUCCACUCGUCUAAUAGUCCUACUGGCAGGCAUCACUGUUGUUUGUACUUGAACACUGCAUUAUAGA